AGGUGAUUCAUUUUCCGUGUCUUCUCUGGAAAGGAACCAGUUUGAGGAGGAACUGUAAUUUAGAUAAAGUGAAAGACCGGCCUCAAAUUUGAAAAGCUGUUUUAUACAUAAUGAAGUUUAGAUUCUGUGGAGAUCUUGAUUGCCCCGAUUGGCUGUUAGCAGAAAUCAGCAUUCUCUCAAAGAUAUCAUCAGUUAAAAUGAAACUUCUCUGUGCUCAAGUUGUUGGGGAAAUGUUGGGUGGCUCGAUCGAUUAUGCAAAAGCCGCCAAGCUCACAGCUGAUGCGAAAUUUGAGAUUUCCGACAUUAAAGCUGCGAUUGCUGCAUUGAACUUCAUCUUCUCGAGUUCUGCAAGGCAUCGUGUGGAAGGGGAAACAGUAUGCAACGAACUGCAACAACUUGGUUUGCCAAAGGAGCAUGCUACUGCUCUCUGCAAAAUAUAUGACGAAAAGCUCCAACAACUGGUGCAAAUCCUUCGUGAACAAAGUAUGCGUAUUUCCAGACUAAAGAAAGUCGAUUGGAGAGUUGAUUAUGUACUAAGCUCAAGUUUAUACGACACUAUAAGUGAACCAGAAGUUCAAAUUAAAAUUUCAAAGGAAGACAAAAUUAUAGACAAAGAAUGUGAAUUGGCCUUUACUGUUAAUGGAGACGAAUUCAGAACAUUGCUAGCUGAACUUAAGCAAGCUUACAAAUUGAUGGAAGAUCUCUCUUAGUAAGAAGAAUUGUGUAUGACACUGACCUCUCAUAGAUUGAUUUUUGGCAGUAAACAAAGUAUGUGAUCUACCGUUUUUGUAUGUGUUUCAAAAAAUCUUUUGGAGAGUAGCAAAUAGCUUAGUUAAUGUUAAAAUAGGUUAGAAUCAUUUAACAGCAUGAUACAAUCGUGCCAGACUGCAAAUUUUGGGUAUGUGCGGGGAACGCCUUCCCCACCCAAUAAUUUUUUGCUCAAAUCCCGUCCGAGCAUUUUUGCAAAUUUAGAUUAAUCCGAGCAGCUGGAACAUGGACUUUUGGUGAAUUUUGCGCAUCGCCUAAUCUUGAGGCCUAAAAGUGCUAUUUAAAAAUAAAAUCCCGCAGCUUUUAACCUGUCAUUUUGCAACAUGAUUUGUUCCCACGCAUGCAUAAGCGAUAGAAAAUAAUUCCCUGCGCACAAAACAUACUUUGCAUUCUGGCAAUCGUGCUAUGGAAAAAUUGAAAUCCUAGACAAAAUAAAAGUUGUAUCUUCUUCUUGAAGCAGAUGUCAUUUCAUCUUAUCUAAGUGAUUUAAUUUUAUUGUGAAGAACAAGUAUAAUUCCAUGAAGAACUUUUCUACAUAACAAAGAAUAACAGCUUUUUCUACUGUCUAGGGCUCUUUGUUAAAAAUAAAUAAAAUCUCAAAAUAAAGCAGUUUAAUUUUUAAAUUGUUUCUAAACAUAACUGCAUGUUUGUUGCGUCCGAUGCGCUAUAAAACAGGUCAUCUACAUUGUUAUGAUUAAGUUGACCAUGUUUGAUCAAAUAUGUUUUCCAAUUUUCUCUCUCUGGGUGAGUAGUCAUAUAGACCUGUUGGUUAACUUUUGGAAAUGAGGAAUUAGUUGUAUUAAAAAACACACAAUGUUGCUUAUGUUUGCUUUGUACUUCAAAUGAAUAUAAAAAAAUGUUCAUUAUAAUUAUGAGUAAAUAUUGACUUUCUUGCCUCUAUUCUUUGCAAAUGAUUUUUAAAAUAGGAUGUUUUGAAAUGAAUCAAAAUUCAGUAAGCCAAAAGGUUUGGCUGAAUUUGAAGUUUAAACCUUGUCUUUGGAAGUAAAAAAUGGGACCUUUAUUUGAAUAAAGAAGGUGAUUGACAGUAAGAAAAACUAAGCAGAAAAGGAAUUGGGACUUGAUACACUACAAUUCUUGCAGAGCAAUUUCAAUAAAGUCGAAGUUAGACUUUUUGACAAUUUUAUUUUUGAAAAAGGUUGUCAAAAUAAUCUAUGGUCCAAUACAUGUAUAUCAAUUCUUUCGUUUGGUUAAAAGAUUUUGCUUUCACUAAAAAAUUGAAAGAUUCUAUGAGCCCAUAAGGCAAAAAAAGGUCUACAUAUGAACGGGUAAAUCAGCCCUUUCAUUAUUUUUAAUCUAGAACAAUGUAUUUUAAAGCAGAAGAUCCUUUGCAUAAUCUUUUGUUAACAUUAUUGUCAAUUAAUCCAACCCUGUCUAAAGAGUAUUUGACAAAUCUAGAAAAAAUAAUGGCACCAUUUAACUUAAGGUUUUGCAGUGUAAUGCUACAAGGAUAGAAUUAUUGGGGAGUGUGGGGUGUGUGACACCACCUCAAUAUUUUAGUGCUCUUCGGUAAAUUCUACUUCAAUUCAGUAAAAAGCAUUUUUUGUAACCAUUAGUAACAAAAUGAUGCAAAAAUUAACUUUGUUUAUCUUCUUGUCUUCUUUAUCUCAAAGGUGAAAACUGAAAUUUUAAAAAUGGGUGUUUCCAUCUAAAGUUUUGUAAUGGUUCACUGAUUCGACAGGCAUGCACAAGCAUUUGUGUAUUCCUUGUAUUUUGCUUUCCUCUAGAAAAAUACUGAUGAAUGACAAAUCAAAGAAACAAUUAUGGUUAGUUGUAGAAAACCACGAUUCCUCUGAAUUAAUCGGAUAUGACAACUGAACCUUUCCUGCUGCUUUCUUAUGACCCCCUCUUUAACAAUUUGUAUGCUUUCAUGCGCUGAUCAAAUUCACACGAAAAAUUUACUGAUUGGUUCUACUGAUUUGUGUUUGAAUGUUUCACAUUUCUUGAAUUGCAAUUUCCAGAACUGUCUAUGAACAAUGAAUGCCCAAGACACAUUUUAAACCAAAUAGCUAUUUAGUUGUAAUAAAAAGCCAGUUCUUUGACCAAAAAUUCCUUAAAGAUGCAAUGUACCUUAGUUUUAACUUAAUGCCAUCACUAAAUCAUUGUUAAAUGCUGGCAGCAAAGGGACAAAGAGGGCUGGGUUCAUAGGUUAACAGGACUUUUUCUGAACCAAGACCAACAUAUACAUUUAACAAAGCAUCACAUAACUUUCCAAUCACUUGCCAGUCAAAUUCCUUGCCCUGUUAGGCCUGUAACACAGCUGUCCUGAAGUAUAAUAGAUUAUAUGGUUGUGAGCUGAGAGUCACAAAACAAAUAACAUAAUCUUUAUUACACAAUUCCCUUUGUUUCAUGGAAAAAAAUUAACAUACAACAAAGUGUGUUUCAAGUGACCAGAAAUGCAAAUUACAUGUGGUUACCAUAGAACAGCUUGCAUUUAAACCUAUUCAGUGUAUGCAAACCAUUAUAUUCAAAAUAAGCACUUUGGGCAGUUCUUUUUCCAGAUUUAAGUUUGGAUAAGAUUCAAUUACAAUUCUCUUAUCACUGCUUAUUUUUCAUGGCAGCACGCUUUCCUGUCAAUGCUUGGAAGCCAGAUUUGAUGCUUGCAACAGAACAUCUUGAGCCACAGGUUUCACACUGCAAGAAGAAUAGUCUUGUUUCCUUGUGCAGAAUUGUGUCAGGUGACCUACAGGUAUGGCAUGUCACAUACUCCCCUGUAAAAGACACAAAAAAUCAUUCAGUACUUUAAAAAACUCAAUUCAUCUGUCUAAAUUUAACUUUAAAUUGCACUAAGUUAAUUCCUUACAGGCUUAUAAUUACAAACUAAGUAAAACUAAAAAACUUGGCAUUAUUCUUAUCGCUAUUUCCUACAGUUAAAACAUUAUUAUCACCCAUUUGAGGGGCUAGUGACAUUUUCCUCCAAUAGGGAACGGUUCCCAUUUUCCGCAAAAAUGAAUCAAAACUGUUUUAAUGGCAUUUGAAUUAACAUGUCCUGCUUAAAAGGCAUCCACUUUCUUAAUAGAAGCAAAAUCAUCCAUCAAGAUAACUAGAAUGAAGUUUUAAUUUCUGAUGCCAACUCUCGUAAAAACACUGAUGCUACGUCUCUACUCACUUGAAGCUAAGUUGAAAAUAUCUAGGUUAAAACUGAUCCAUUCAGAGAUAUAUAAAUCUUUUUUUAUAAAGUAGGUUAAUGGUGACACGAAACAUUGGAUUACUUUUAGACUUUUUGUUUUAAUGUAUGCUGGUUGAAGGGCUGUAGUAUGGGAACCUUUUAAUCUAGUGCAAAUACGACUAAGGGCUCUAAUCAUAGGUAGGUUCAUAUGUUGUGUUAUCCAUCAAACACCUGCAAAU